AUGGAUUUCCAAGACAUGGAUGACCAAGUCCUACCUGAUGUAAACGUAGAGGGCAUUCUAAACCAAAUAAAAUCAAAGUCCGAUUUAGACUCCAAAGCAUCAUCAGAUCCUUUAGGUGACUUGAAAUUGGAUAUGAAUAGUGGAGACGGAUUAGUCAAAGAGCCCACAGCAUCCGCAAGUACAUCUAAGAGCAUAACUAGUGCAGCGAGAACCAAGAAAAUACACGAAUUCAUCAGAUUUCUGCGCCCGAAUUUGCCGAGAGAAUCAAAAACCAAAGCUUGCAAACUAAUGAAAAGUAUUGCAAAAGGAAUAAUUGUGGAAACUACGAUUCAGCGUUCGUUUCCCAAGAAAAAAGUUGUAACGAAGCGUAUCCGUAAACAUCGAACGAAGAAUUCCAAGCGCAAAUCUUCAAUUGGUUUACGCAGAAGCUUCCAAAGCAUGUACGAAUCUUCGGAAUCUGGCAGGUCGGAAGGAUGUAGAUCGCGACAUUGGACCAGAUGUCGCCCAAAUCUCUGUUCACGCUGUGGAUAUUCCUGUAGCAAAAUUCGAAGAUAUUAA